AUGUUCACGCAUGCGUACGAACGCAUGUCAGUGCAAGAUGACCUGCGCCUUUGUAUCCGGUCGCGGGUACCAGGCAUCGAUCAACGCCGCUACAACGCACCGACCGCAGAUGAGGUUGGCGGCGUGUUCGUGUGCGAUGAUUCCACCGGAGCCCGGGAUUUUUCGCGGGAUAUUGUGCUGCAGCAUCGUGCCACGGGAUCUUUGCAGGCCGUGUUCGAAACUAACCAGUUGGUAGACGCGCUGCAAUACCCGAUCCUGUUUCCGCGGGGUGAAGCCGGUUGGACGCACAGUAUGCCAAAGGUGCAACGCCGAGCAAGACAGCAGCAGCCAGCAGCAGUAGCAGCAGCAGCCGGAAUCCAUGCCGAUGAUGGUGCUGGCAUGUUCGAAGAGCAUGAUCCUGAGGCGCAGUCGGAGCGUUCGUCGAAUCAAAUCACGCCACGUGAAUAUGCCGCGUAUCGUUUAGCCUGGCGGGAGAACGACGAAACGUUACUGCAUCGUGGCGGGCGGCUGUUCCAGCAGUACUGUGUCGACCUGUACUGCAAGAUGGAGAUACAGCGUUUGAAGUAUCUGCGAGAACAUCAGGCACAGCUUCGCACCGAGGCGUACGCGGGCUUUAUGGAUCUGGCUGGCGCUGAAGGAACGAUCGCGGAUCUGCAGCCGAACAAUAUGCCUGUGGAAGUACCACAACCGUCGAACCUCUCGCGUACGGGUACGCGUGUCAUCCUUGGACCGUCAUUCGUCGGUAGCAACCGCUACAUGCAGGCGCAAUAUCAGGACGCGAUGGCCAUUGUCCGAGCGUUGGGGAAGCCGGACCUGUUCGUAACCGUCACAUGCAACCCGAAAUGGCCGGAAAUAACAGGAAGCCUACUCCCGGGACAGCGGGCCCCGGAUCGACCCGAUGUUACCGUGCGUGUUUUCCGGCUCAAACUGAAAGCCAUCCUGAAGGACCUAAGCAUGGGAGUGCUCGGUCUUGAGGUGGCUCGCAUUCAUGUGAUCGAGUUUCAGAAACGUGGCCUACCCCACGCUCACCUGCUCAUGGUUCUCGCCGAGGAAGACAAACCGCAGACGCCCGAGAGCUACGAUCGGUUCGUAUCGGCCGAGCUGCCCGAUCCGGUAACGUGCCCGCAGCUGUACCAUACGGUGCAGUCAUGCAUGAUACAUGGACCGUGCGGGGCUGCCAACCCCACCGCACCUUGCAUGAAGGACGGGAAAUGCUCGAAGCGGUUCCCGAAGCCAUUCUCCGACCAGACGCACAGCACGGAAAAUGGCUAUCCACAGUACCGUCGCCGAAACAGUGGGCGCAGUGUGACGGUGCAAGGAACCGAACUGGACAACCGGUACGUCGUGCCCUACAAUCCAUGGUUGACGCACAAGUACAACUGCCACAUCAACAUCGAGGUGUGUACUUCAAUCAGCAGCGUCAAAUAUUUGUACAAAUACGUGUACAAGGGGCACGACCGGCUCAGCGUUUCCCUGGCGGUAGGCGGCGACGAGAUUCAGCAGCACAUCGACGCGCGCUACCUGUCACCGACGGACAGCUGCUGGCGGAUUAUGCGAUUCGAGUUGCAGGCGAAAACGCACACCGUCGUCACGCUGCCUAUCCACCUGGAAAACCAGCAGAACGUUUUCUUCCGGGCAAAUGAAAACGUUUCGAGUGUGUUGAACCGCGGUAAACACACUAUGCUGACACGGUUCUUCCAGCUUGCGGCACACGACAGCUUUGCCCGAGCGCUGUUGUACCACGACGUGCCGAUCUACUACCGGUACGGUAAACCAGCGGCGGGUCAGCGACAAUCGUGGCAGGAACCGGGAACAGUCCACUGGAUCCGUCGCGUACGUACCGGACACAAAACAGUGAUCGGCCGGAUGGUGUCCUGUGGCAUGCAGCUGAUGGAACGCUACUGCUUGCGGCUGCUGCUUUGCUACCGGAAGGGUCCAACAUCGUACGAGGAUCUGCGAACCGUCAACGGUACAGUGUGCGAAACGUUCCAGCAAGCCGCCAUCCAGGAAGGGUUGCUGCAGGAUGACUCUGAGUGGGAUCGUGCUCUCCGGGAAGCGGCCUCCUAUCGUAUGGCCGCCCAGUUGCGCCAUUUCUUCGCGCUCAUCCUCGCGUCCGGGAUGCCCCAAAACCCGCGCAGUUUGUGGGACAGCUAUGCGGUCGAGCUGUGUGAAGAUUUUCACCGCCACAAUCGCGACCGGUACACGCCGGAAGUGUCCGAUUUGAACCUGCUGCUGCGUGACAUCGAACACUUCCGUGCGCUGAGCGCGAUCGAUCGCUACCUGCGUGGGACGACACCAGCGACGGAUUUGGCCAGCUUCCCGGGAAUGCCGCAGCUUGCCGAGUAUGAACACGUUCAGGCACACCUCACGGACGAUGACGAUGUGAACGAGUUCAUCACUGCUGAGCGAGCAUAUCCGGUCACGGAGCUUGAUGCUACGCUUGGAACGUUACACCAGCUCAACGACGAACAGCGCAUGGUGUACGAAACGGUAACGGCGGCAAUCGAUCGACAAUUGGCGGCAACCGACGACGCAGGCAGCGAUGGUGACCAACGGUUUUUCUUCCUGGACGGCCCCGGCGGAACGGGUAAAUCUUUUGUGCUGGAAAAGAUUUUAGCGUACACCCGUCGCCGAUCAGGAAUUGCGCUUGCGACCGCAGCAAGUGGCAUAGCAGCACUGUUGCUAACAGGAGGGAAAACUGUACACUCGACGUUUAAGUUGCCACUCGACUUAAACGAAAACUCCACCUGCAGCAUCCCGAUCCAGUCGAAACGGGCCGAGCUAAUUCGUCAGGCAACGCUGAUCGUGUGGGAUGAGGCGUCGAUGAGUAGUCGGUACGCGCUCGAAGCAGUCGAUCGAACCCUGCAGGACGUGACGGGCGUGCAGCGUGCUUUCGGCGGCAAGGUGGUGCUGCUGUCCGGUGACUUUCGGCAAAUUUUGCCGAUCGUACCGAAGGGCACGGAUGCACAAAUUGUUAAUGAAAGCAUCAAGAAGAGCACGCUAUGGCCCCUGUGCCGGUCGCUACGGUUGCGCGUCAACAUGCGGGUACGCACGGCACCAAAUGCUACUCGAGCCAGCGAGCUGCAGCAUUUCGCCAACUUUCUGCUGCGUAUCGGUGAAGGACGGCACGAUACGUUUGCAGGGCUGGACCGUUCGUUCGCGAAGCUGCCGCUGGACAUGGUAGUGCCCCGUUCGGCGAAUCCGGCACACGACAUUAACGCCCUGAUCGCUCAGAUCUACCCGGACAUCGCACGAUACUAUCGGGACCCGACCUUCUUUUCGGAUCGCGCGAUUUUGUCGCCGCUGAACGUUGAUGUGACCAGCGUGAACAACGUGGUACUAGACCGAAUACCUGAGCCUGAACAGGAGUAUCGUUCGGUCGAUACGUUGGUCAACCCGGAGGAACACGAACAUCUGCAGCUUCCUUCGGAGUACCUGAACACGCUCAACGUCAGUGGGAUUCCCGUGCACCGGUUGCGGCUGAAGCGAUUUUCGCCGGUCCUUUUAUUGCGCAACCUCAAUUCCGAUAUGGGGUUGUGUAAUGGUACGCGUCUCCAGAUUGUGGACCUAAAACGGAACUGUUUGCGAGCCAAAAUACUGACGGGCAAGCGGCGAGGUGAGGACGUGCUGCUGCCUCGCAUCUACUGUGACAGCAACGAUAAAGGGCACCCGUUCCAGAUCCGCCGUAAACAGUUUCCGGUGCAACUGUGCUUUGCGAUGACCAUCAACAAGUCGCAAGGGCAAUCACUGCACCAUUUAGGUCUCUAUCUGCCGCAGGAUGUUUUCGCCCAUGGCCAGCUGUACGUCGCGCUAUCGCGUGUAACAUCACGGGCGAACAUAGCUGUGCUAAUCCCGAACCCGGAACGUACCGACGAGGAAGGUGUCUCCACGAAAAAUAUUGUGUACCGUGAGGUCGUCGACAGUUGA